UAUAAGUCAAAAUCUCGCGAAAUAACGGACGCCGCAACUGACGCGCACGAGCUCUGUUUAAAACACGUAGAAACGCACAGUAUUCGCCUUUCAAAUGCAUAUUUGAGUUAUACAACAUCGUAAGAUUGGAAAAUAGAUCUAUUUACAUGAUCUGUGUGGUAUUUGUGAGUGUUUUAUCAGGUUUUGAAUGGAGGAGCAACCGAUAAAUCAACUGGACAACCUGCUGCUUCAGUUAGGUAUAGAAACACGAGAACUUGCUCAGAAGAAGGAUGACCUCAAACAACAAAUACAAAUUUGUGAGUCCAACAUUCAAGAGAAGAAGGAUUACAUUAGCACAACUCACAAGAUCCUCAGCAAACUCAGCGAGGAGAUCCGGCAAAAACAAAACACGUUGAAGUUUAUCAAAGAAAACACUAAAAAUCUCCAGCGAACAGGACAUCUGCUGCUUCAGUAUGAAAAGACACUGGAAGCUGAGCUAGAGAAGAGACAGGACAGCUAUAAUCAAGACAUGAAAAUCUUCCAGGAGAGAAUGGAGAGCUACAGGAACGUGUUUCAGCAGUAUAAGGAUCGAUACUGUCAGAACCCACUGGCUCAAAAACUGCUGAAGAUCCAAGCCGAGAAUGAGGACAUCGAGAGGAGAAUCAGAGCAACGGAAGAACAAAUAUUGGAGAAAGAGAGAGAACUGAUGGCAGCGCUGGGUGAAGAUGAGCCAGUCGCUGAUGCUGCCGACAGUAAGUGUGAAGACACUGACAACCCACAAACUGAAAUCAGGGAGUCAUUUGAUGAAAUGGACCCUUAUCAAGACCCCAUAAUGCAGAGGCCUAAAGAAUAUGCAGAUGAGCACAUGGUUGCUGAAGAUCCUUCUGAGGAGAAUAAGGAUAAAACAGCAGAAAGUGAAUCUCAAACUGACACAUUCUGCCAUGGCUUACAGACAAAGACUGAAACUGGAGAAGAUCAAAUGCAAGAAAGUGAUCAGUCAGAGGAAGUGAAUGAACUGGAGGGGAAUAUGAAUGUUUCAUGUGCUUCUGAGCUCAUGGUGGAAAUGUCAGAGGAGGAGGAAGAUCGUUUGGAGGUGACCACAGCAGAUGCUCAGGAGGACACGGCGAAUGAGGGUGGCAUCUGUCCUCCUCCAUCACCGGCUAGAAUAAAAGCCACACCGACCACCCCCACCUUCUCUCUAAACAACAGCCCCAGUUCCUCACCUGGACGGCAGGAGACCUCAGACACCAAGUCGCCCGCUUUUGUCUUCUCCAUGAAUUCUGGUCCAAGCACACCUGCGUUCUCUAAGCUGGGCUGUGAUUUUGCUGCAGAAGAGGCAUCUCCAUUUACCUUCACAAGCUCCUAUUUCAGCGACAAGAAGUCACCAGGAUCGGCACCCAAGUUUUCAGGUUUCCUGUUCGAUGAAGCCGAGAGUCGUCAAGAGGAGUUUUCCUUCUCGUUUGGGACGGUGAGCCCUCAGCAGAACUCUUCCACACAGGACAUGGCAGGUUCUGCGGAUUCAUUUCCAUUUUCAUUCAGCUUUGGAAAAAUGUAGCUUCAUUAACAUUAAUCUCAUCUUUAUAGCUGUACUUCAGAAAUGUGUUCAAAUGUCUGUAAGACUCUGUUGAAGUUACAUUCUAUGUUCUAUAUUAGUUCAGAUGUGUUUGUGAUCCUGGUCAUUUUGUUCAAGUUUGUUUCAACAUAUGAUUCCUUUGAAUAUAUAUUUAUACUAAAAUGCAUGCAUUAUAAUUAAUAGAAUAUUAGAGGAAUGUUAAUUUUAUGAAUGUUCUUAUUAAAUGUAUUUGGUGCUACAUCGUAACUGAAAACAUAACAACGCUGACUUUAAAGUUCAAAAAGUCUUUCUAUUUGUUUUCCCGCUACUUACAACACAACAAAGUAUUUUUAAAUAUAUAUAUAUUUUUUAUUAUAUAUUGUAAUAUAUGUAUAUUUUUCUUAAAUGACAGGACAGUCCUUUAUAUAUGACAUUCAGCUCAUUACAUUCAUUUUACAUGUAGUUGUUUAUGGCUUACCUUCAUAGACAGAAACACUACUGUAAGUGAAUACCCUACUGGACACUUAGUUGUCAGCAAAACAACAAUCUCAGAGCUGUUGACAGUAAUACAAUGUCAAAAGGCCCAUAUGCAACACUGCUAAAGUUUGAAAUGCUCUGAGGUGAAAAUCACAAAAAUUGCAUAAGCACAGCCACUGUUUUAAGGCUGUAUUUUAAGAACUAGUCUGAACAUCUAGUAGUUAGCCAAGCUAUAAUAUGUUUUACUUUUCAGAUUCAAGUUAGACCAAUCUAUGUUUAUGUAACUGCCUUAAAGUUACGAACAGUCUCGAAGAAAAUAAUCAGUCUAAGCAGUUUAUGCAACCAGCCACACCAGGCCAUAUUUCACCCCAAAAGCAGAAGAAAAAUUAUGUUUUGCAAAAAGAAAAUGAAGCUAUAAUUAUUGCAUUGUGACAUUAUUUUCCAGACAAUUAAAUAUCUUUCAGGCUUCCAUAUAAUCUGGAGUAUUAAAUACUGGAGAUGUAAAACAUGUAGUACUAGAAUUAUCUAUUGCUUCACACUAAUCACACUGCAUAGGCACACAAUAAAACGGUCACGUUACUGAAGCUCACAACCACAAAAUACAUGUUCAAACGUUUAACAAUCCAAGCAACAAGUUCAUAAUCUCCAUCUGUAUCAGCUCGUGAUGUGCUUCAUCACGAUACAUCAAACCAUUUCCCUCAUGGGAAGCUGCUGGAAUAGAGAUUUGGCAGAGUAUAACAGUGAAUUCUGUAGGAACUUUUGAGUGGUUGAAUUAUCUACUAACAGCAGCAGUUUUGUAUAAAGUAUAACAAUGUUUUCGCUGGAAAUGGCUGGUGUUGUUGCAUUGCACCAUGAAAAAAAAAUGUUAUCAAAAUGUACUUUUGGAACAGCAAUAUAACUUUGCAUGCUGACAUUGCUACAGUUGUGUAAACAUUGGCAGCUAAAAGUUUGGAAUAAUUAAGAUUUUUUUUUAUGUUUUGAAAGAGGACUUCUCUGCUCAACUAGGCUUUAUUUAUUUGAUGAGAAAUACAGUAAAAUUGUGAAAUAUUAUUGCAAUUUAAAAUAACUGUUUUCUUUGUGAAUA